AUGGCGAGUAGAUGUUCACAAACCUGUAGUUACUGUCUCAGAUUUCGAAGCAACGAAAAAAAGUAUCAAGUUCAAGCCAAUGUUGGCGCAAACGUACAGCCUUUUAAUGAAGAAGAUACUCCAUCACACCCUAGGACACAGGCUAGUAUAAAACUAGCUGUACAGAUUACCUACUCUGCUGAUGAAAUUAAAGCACAAUUAGGUCAACAGACGACAAAUGCAGUUUGUCAAGCUGUACGUUCAGUUCUGGACAGAUUAUGGAAUAUUAUGGCAAGCCGACAGGCAUCAACGGCACUCAAAGAUGUACCAGUUGGAAAGACCAUCAAGUUUAAAAGCGUCAUUUUAUUAUGGAAACAUGAAAUGAUGCGCGUGAUAGCAGGCCGAUUUACUACUAUUGAAGACAAAAAUUGA